AUGUUUGCUUUCGAUCCUAGUCUGCUCCCCUCCCUGCGGACGCGCAAGGCUCUCCUUAUCCUCGACCUCCAGAACGACUUCUUGUCUCCCGAUGGCGCUCUGUUUGUCAGCGAGCCCGAGGGCUAUGUUCAGCGCACGAUAGCCGUCGCCAACGCAUUCCGCCAGUCAGGAUCCGGCGAUGUGAUAUGGGUGCGGUCCGAGUUCGAACAGGACCGAACCAUCGUCAACAACCAGAUCCUCACCUCGGACCUGCCCAUACCUACCACCGUCUCGGCCCGCGGGCGUAGAGCGGGCCUCGGGACGGGCAAGGGUGAGGCCGAUCACGAGGCGUUCCUCAGCCUGGCAGGCGACCCAGAGAGCCCCGAAGCCGAUGACGACGGGGACGAGUUGGGCCCGAAGCCCGAGUGCGUCCGGCCGGGCAAGGACGGCAGUGCUCUUGCCGACCACGUCGCCGCUGCGGUUGCCGCCGGGAAAGACUCGGUCUUGACCAAGACGGAAUACUCGGCCUUCCAGUCCGGUCAACUGCUGAAGCUGCUGCGGACCCGCUUCGCAACCGAGCUCUUCAUAUGCGGCGCCUUGACCAAUGUCAGCAUCCACGCCACUGCGCUAGACGGCGCCAGCCACGGGCUGCGGAUGACCAUAGUCGAGGACUGCUGUGGCUAUCGCAGCCUCAUCCGGCACAACAAUGCCAUCCGGAACCUGGUACAGCUCACUGGCUGCGAGACGGCAACAGCAGAGGAUUUGAUAACCAGCCUCGGCGGGAGCCCCAGCCCGGCCACCGCAAAGGGCCCGGCGCCGGCAUCGAUUCCUAUUCGGGAGAAGAAGGAGGCCGGGCGGGGCCCCUCAGCCGCGGGGCCGGUCAGGACGUCGAGCGGUUCAAGAAGCAGUCCCAAGGAUAAAUUCGUACGUGAUACGAUUGCGGACAGCACCACCGACUCCUCGUCCUCUCCGGCAGCCUUGAAAGGUGAUUUGAAGACGCUAAGCGACGCCUCUCCUGCAGCCGCCGAGCCCAACGCGCCUCAGCCGCAGGCCCGCCAGCAGCCGCUUCAGGCCAUGGUAGGUUCUGGAAACCCUGACCUCGGACAACCAGUAGGAUUGCCUAAAGCACCGCCCGCGUCGGCGUCCAAGCCCAAGGCUGUGCCGUCGCUGGGCUCGACCUCCACAGCUAGCGAUAGCCUGCAGCAUGCGGAUGACUCACCAGGGCAGAAGAAGACCCCUGACAGCAGCGACAGCAGCCCAAGGGCCCUUGUGUUAUCAAAGGGCGCGAAUGACAAGCUCUCGGUGGAGACAAAGCCCGCACCAGAUACUUCAGCCCCAGCUUCACAUGUCGUCGGAGAUUCACAUGCCGUCGGAGACGAUACCAUCAAAUCGUCGAAAACGCUGUCUCCCGAGAUAAACACGGCACAAGACUCGGAAGAAGAAGCUCGAGUACCAAAAAUGAAGGAGGGAUCUCGACCAGCCCCGUCCGAGCCCUUGUGCGAGGGUGAUACGACCAUCUUUCACAAUGUGCUAUCUGAAAAGCUGGAGAGCGGGAUCUUUGAGCGACUGAGAGUCGAGGUCCGCUGGCUUCGCAUGUCUCAUCAGGGAGGUGAGGUUCCGCGCCUCGUCUGCGUCCAGGGCGAGGUCGACGCCGAGGGUAAUAUGCCAGUCUACCGGCACCCGUCGGAUGAGUCACCACCGCUUGUCCCGUUCAGCCCGACUGUAUUGGAAAUCAAGAGAGAGAUCGAGGAGGUUUUAGGGCACACCCUGAACCACGUCCUGAUCCAGUUCUACCGCAGCGGCAGCGACUACAUCUCGGAGCACAGCGACAAGACUCUAGAUAUCGUACCGGGCUCGUUCAUCGCCAACGUGAGUCUCGGCGCCGAACGGACCAUGGUUCUCCGCACAAAGAGGGCGGAUAAGGAUCCCUCGCGGAAGCCCGGUUCGCUAGAAACCUCGGCCGACCAGCAGCAGCAGGACGGCCCUGCCAAGCGCGAGGUGGUCCGCGCACGCCUGCCGCACAACUCGCUCUGCCGCAUGGGCCUCCAGACCAAUGAGCGCUGGCUGCACGCCAUCCGGCAGGACAAGAGGAUGGACCGCGACAAGACGGACGGCGAGCUCGCCUUCUCGGGCGGGCGCAUCAGCCUGACCUUCCGCAAGAUCGGCACCUUUUUGAACCGCGACUCCACCGCCAUCUGGGGCCAGGGCGCGACCUCCAAGGCCCGCGAGGGCGCCGGGCCCGUGGUCAACGGGCAGGGCGACGAGGCGAUCCGGAUGCUGAAAGCGUUCGGUACCGAGAACCACUCGUCCAGCUUCGACUGGGCCGCCGCGUACGGGGCGGGCUUCGACGUGCUGCAUAUGAGCAGCUCGCCGCGCUUCUUCUCGGGGCCCGACCCCGUCGUCAACAUGCGCGUUCGGCUAAUGCUGGCCGCCUUUGGCGUCUCGUACGCGAGGGGCAGCGUGGGCCCCGCUCCCGCCGGCGCGACGGACGCCGGUCCGGCCGACGCCGGCGGCGCGGUGGUCAAGUUCAUCGACAACGACCCCGGCAAGGCGUCGCUCCAGGGCGACGUGGCCGUCAUGUUGUACCUGGACAACGUGCACCGUCCCAAGAAGGGUGCGGGUGGCGCGCCGGUCCGUCCAGAGCUCGCGCGCGAGCUCACGCGGUUCCAGCAGGCGCUGGGUCUGCUGGACAGGUGGAGGGCGGUGGCGGUCUCGACAAAGGGCGAGGUCGCGGCCGAGACUAAACAGCUGCCAGGAGCGGAUGGCGUCGCGGUUGAGACCAAGGGCCAGCCAGUUGCGGACGAGCCCGCCGCCGCCGCCGCCCCCUCCCUCACCAAAAAGGCGACGCAAAUUCUAAGGCCGCUGGCGCGCGAUCUGGCCGUCUACGACGCAUACGCGACCGAGGCGGCGGCCCCUGCUCCUGCCGACGGCACCCCGGACAAGAACAGCGACGCCGGCGGCUAUUGCUUCAUCGCGGGUGGGGCGUCGGCCUCUAUUGCAGACUACGCCCUGUGGCCUGUCCUGCACGACAUGGCGUCCUCGUGCGGCGGGCCCGAGGCGUUCGCCGGCGCGCUCAGGCAUCUCAAGCUGGGGCGCCUCGCUGGGUACUACGAGUCCUUUGGAAAGACCGAUUGCGUGCGACGCGUGCUCGACGGGGACGCCGGUAAGCCCGCCGCUCAGUCUUCAUGUCUGGUUUAG